GGAACUGCUCUCUGUGCGUGUGACCUGUUGUGUCCUCCAACACUCGAGACUUGACAGCCGGUCAUCUAAGGACAAGAUCAACAAAAUCAUGGUUUUCGAGGAGAAGAUGAUCCUGAACGGAGAGCCGGAGGAUGUUAGUAGAUCUUAAAUACUCAGCGUGACUUUAUUAUACCGGCAGCAUUUUAUUAUACAGCUAGCAAGUCGCCAGCAUGAGGGCAGAAUGAGCUACAUCACCGCAUAGUUAGCAUUAGCUUGUGACUGUAAUUCAUCUCUUUCAAAGACAAAUUCAAGCUAAUUAUCACAGCAGCUUCUUAGCAUGAUAAGUUUUUUGUUGUUAUUUUUCACGCUGACUUGCUGUUGAUUGAAUGUUUGACGUAAAGUUUAGGAAACGACAGCUAACAAAUCGCUCUGGGUAAAUCGUGUCACUGGUUUCAUCUUGUCUGUCUAAUCUAGGAGGAGGAGGAAGAGGAAGAAGAGGAAGAGGAGGAUAUGGUGGUAUGUAGUUUUAACCCUCACUUAUAUCAACGGUCGUAUUUGAAUGUUGUGUAUACGAUCACAAGUCUGACAUAUUGAUCUGACUAUAAUAGAAAAUGUUUAAUGAUGUAGAAGGUUAUAUGAUUAAAUUAUUAAAGGGUUUAAUGGGGGCACCAAACAUUCCUACUUUAAGAGAAGUAAAUUUGAUUAAGGAGCAACAAGAAAACACAAAACUGACCUGAAUAACAUGAGGAUGUUACAACACUAGGCCAAAGCGACAUGUGGAUAGACCUGGGCGAUUUGGCAAAAAAUAAAAUCACGAUAUAUCAUCCGGUCUCGAUUUCUAUCACAAUUUUAAAAAAAUCUUUUUUAACUGCCAGUUUUAAUGCAUUUUUACUACUAACUGAAGAAACUAGAGAGUAGUUCAACAUUUUAUGAACAUACAAAGUAAAUAACAAAGCAAAUUCAAUAAGUUACACUCAGAAAAAUAUAAAAACCAUUUUAACUCAUCAGUACAACAAAUGUAGAUAAAUACUAAAUUAUACAGUGAACUAGAUUGAUAAGCCGACAUACCUUACACAUCGGCCUAAUUGUUCGUCGUCACUUCGGAGAUACCUGAACCACCGCCACACAACCGACGUUGUCAUGGCUGACAUCUAUUUUGCUAAUCGCAGCUCUGCGUUUAGCACCACGUUCGGUCAUUCUGUUUACUUCCCCCUGUUUACUUCACCAGCAACAUCUAGAAGUGAGCAGGAAAAGCUGGACCGAUUGGCUGUUGUCAUGCACAUUUCUGCCAUGUUUGAUCGAGUAAAUAUGCUCACAGCUGAUCACUGAACUGAAAUUUAUCACCAUCAUUAAUCACGAUUACAUUGUCACCCAGUCCUACUUGUAGAUAUUAUCUACACCUUCUGCCUUCCCCCCUUUUCAUAACCAGAAGAAUCUACCUAGGUUGUUUCAGGCCAUUCCCCUCCCUACCCCUCCCUCUAGAUCUCAGUCUCUAUAAAUACAUGGGACAUGCUUUGUCUAGCCAAAAAUAAACCCUCAACUUGCCUGUACACAUGUUAUUGACUGAUCCUGACCUCAUAGAGGUGAAACAGGCAGGAAAUUAGCCUCUGACCGAUCAGCUUGCUUGAUUUUGGAGCAACAUGUGCUUAUCUGGAAUGGGGAGAGAAACUAAGAGGAGACUUCAUCUACCUGUAUGAUUUCGUAGAUAAAAAUUAAUAAUAAAAGUUAUUGGUUGUACUCUCCAGACAUCACUUUUCAACAGACACUAAAACAGGUUAAUGUGAAAGGUUAACCAUGAUGGUACUUAACAGGGAUGCUGUGAAUCAGCCACAGUUGGAGUUGCAGAGAUACGUCAUUCUAGGCUGCAUGGUGACACUAAGCUGCUAAACUGUAUUUAUUGUUUCACUAAUUCAUUCGAAAGCUCAGCAAAGUUAUGUUUGCUGAAUUAUUCCCAUAACUUAAGAAAUAACCAGUGUCUUCCCAAAUCAAGAUAAAUGAUUCAUCUAUGUAGAUGAAGUGACAUAGCUCAACUUUCUUCCUGUAGUUAUUUAAAUCUAGACAUAGUGACUGACAGAAUGAAAACUUAUUUGGCAUACUUUGCAUGAAAUCAAAGAAAGGUGGGCUCUUUAUAUUACUGUACUGUUUUUUGCUGCUAAGUCAUAUGGUUGUAUUGUGCUGGUGUAAUGCACCCUGGACAGUCAGUUUUAACGUCUGUUUAAUUAUACAUGUAAGUAAAAGUAAACUCUAAUUUGUGUUCUGUGGCAGGAUGAUCAGACAUCUGCAUCACCCUGAUUUCUAUUAAAAGCUCUCAGAAUCAUCUCAUUGUGUGUGCAAGGAUGUCUAGCUUCAACCUGCUUCAAGUUGUGUCACUCUGCACUCAGAAUUAUAAACUAUAGCAAACAGAUUAAAAAUGAUCAAAGUGAAGUACAUCUUCAUAUCCUUUCGAAGGGCUUUACAUGAAUUUAAACUUUUUUUUAUAAGUGAAUGUUUUUAUUAUACCUGAUUUUAGGGGAUGCUGCAGCACUUUCAACACCCCUGUCUCCUGCAUCCAUGCUCAAUAACCUCAUAUCUUGCUUUAUAGCUUACCUCCCGCAGGUUAACAGUUUGUAAUGUACAUUUUUAUACUCACAAUAGACACUGUAUUUCAUAGUGGAGUUUUAGCUUCAACACGGGAGUGGGGCAUCAGUGCGUAGCAUUCAUCAACUACUACGUUUUGUACUUGUGUGUCUCCCUUUUCUUAGGAUCCCAUCGAAUCGUUGCGACAGAAGUGUGAAGAAGCAGAGCAUUGUGUUCAUACGAGGGAGCGCCUGGAGCAGUGUGAGACCAGAGUUGGAUCUCGGUCUGCAACACUGGAGGAUUGUACUGAGGAGCUCUUUGACUUCUUGCAUGCUCGGGAUCAUUGUGUAAGUUUGACACUUUCGAAAUCAAGUAAGCUGUGGUAGUCAAGGUGUCAGGAUUUCAAUUUAAAACUGCUGAUCAUUUUAUCUUAUUGUUCUCUGUGGUAUUAUUUAUUUUUUAUUGUACUGUCUUGUCUUAAUUUAUGUUUUCCUCACAACUCCUGACUCGUGCUUUCUGAGAAAUCAACUGUUGUGAAAUUGUCAGUUACUCUUAUUGGGUUCAUGAGGUUUUCAGGAGUUUUUGUUUAGGCGUAAAAGCACUACACACAUCUGACCCAACUAAACUCAUCCAAAAAACUGGAUACAAGAAGGGAUAUCUAAAAUGACCAAUGAGGACACGUCUGAAACAGAGGGGAAAAUAAAUCACACAACCAACUUCUAGAUAUGAACUAAACUGAGACAGGUCCCUUAGAAUAUGUACCAAACACUACUGCAGUAACAAAGUUUUGAAGACACAAAUCAACUCCCCUUAAAAUGAUCAGCAGUCUAAAAAAAAAAAAAAUACCCCAGCCCAUCACUGGUCUGCCCAUAGUUUGGUACCUUUGGUCACUUUUUGUGAAUGGCUUCAUGAAUUGGUGCUAUUCUAACAAAGACUAGUACUGGCCUGCUCUGCUGCAGUGAAUCUUUAGCUCAGGCUUACCAAGAUGUCCCUGCAGAAGCACCAGCACUCUCCACACUGGUUAAUUAGUAACAUGAACUCAAUUAAGACCUAAAGUCAAAAAAGGACAAACAGUGCUGAACUAAGUCUUCUCUUUGCAAAUACAAUGUUCAUCGAUAUUUAAUGUGUUGCAUGUUGGACAUGAAACUGAAGCGAUGGGUCGUUGUCUGUCACUUGAGCUGCAGUUGUAUAAACUGACAUUGAUGCAUACAGGUCAAGAACUUCACAGCCUUCUGUGUGUCAGUAGACAGGAUCAUCACAAUUGUCUACUUAAAUUGACCUGGUUAACCUCAGCCCCCUCCACAUUAUAUGCUUGAUGAUUUAAAGUCAACAUAACGUUUACUUUUUUCACUGUGUUGUAACAAUGAAACAAUGAAUGGUCCUUAAAGAAGGGCAUUAAUGCCUACAGCUUAUCUUAGAUUUAAGAACUUAACUGGCAGCCACAUGCAACCUUUCCUCUAAUUACUAAUUCCUCUUAUUUCUUAUAUUGGAUUACAAGUUACUUCAUUACUGUCAACUGUACACUUUCUUUGACAGGAUAUCAAUACGGUGGAGAAAAACAGCAUUGUACUUUGUGAUCUGCAAAUGAAUAGAAUAAACUUGGAGCAGAUAUUCAGAUGCAUUUCUUUUACAAAAACAGUUUUGAGCUCUAUUAGCUUACGUUUCCUUUUACUGUAUGUUGUGGGUUUGUACUCAUGAAUUUCUUGUGUUUCUUUUUUGUUCGUUUUUUUUUCUAGGUGGCGCACAAACUGUUCCAUUCAGUCAAAUAAAAGCCCAUACGGUUGUUGCACCACUGGCUGAUGACAUUCUGCAAACACUGAAUGGCAAGGAGAACAUGCUUUUAAAUACAUCCAUAUGUGGAUAUGCUGUAUGUUGUAACUUUAAAUGUAUACUAUGCUAUAUUUGCCCAUGUUAAGAAAAGUGUUUAACUUAAACUGAAUCAAAAUACCAUUAAAACAACUGGCUCAAAAUGUUU